UUCAUAGUAUCAGCCAUGGUCAUCCCCACCGUGUUCUUCGACAUUGCCAUUGACGGCGAGCCGUUGAGCUGUGUCUCUUUCGAGCUGUUUGCAGACAAGGUUCCAAAGACAGCAGACAACUUUCAUGCUCUGAGCACUGGAGAGAAAGGAUUUGGUUAUAAGGGUUCCUGCUUUCACAGAAUUAUUCUAGGGUUUAUGUGUCAGGGUGGUGACUUCACAUGCCAUAAUGGUACUGGUGGCAAAUCGAUCUACGGGGAGAAAUUUGAUGAUGAGAACUUCAUCCUAAAGCAUCCAGGUCCCGGCAUCUUGUCCAUGGCAAAUGCUGGACCCAACACAAACGGUUCCCAGUUUUUCACCUGCACGGUCAAGACUGAGGGGUUGGGUGACAAGCAUGUGGUCUUUGGCAAGGUGAAAGAAGGCAUGAAUAUUGUGAAGGCCAUGGAGCGCUGUGGGUCCAGGAAUGGCAAGACCAGCAAGAAGAUCUCCAUUGCUGACUGUGGACAACUUUAAUAAGUUUGACUUGUGUUUUAUCUUAACCACCAGACCAUUCCCUCUGUAGCUCAGGAGAGCACCCCUCCACGCCAUUUGCUCGCAGUAUCCUAAAAUCUGUGCUCUCGCUGCAAUUCCCUUUGGGUUCCAUGUUUUUCUUGUUCCCUUCCAUGCCUAGAUGGACAAAGUUAAGUUUAUGAUUAUGAAAUAAAGACUAAAUAACAACAACAAAAUUUUUUUUUAUCAGAAACAUUUUAAAAUGUGAUUAUAAAAUUGACCAGUAUAGCUUUUCAACAUUUUAUUGUACGAAUUCCAAGAAUUUAAGUUUAUGACCUUAGUUUACCACCUAGAACAGAGACAAAUACGUGAAGUUAUGAAUAAUGCCAUUUUCAGUUUUAAAAUCUGUUACAUAGUUUCUUUGAUUCUUUUAUGCCGCAGUAUUAUCAUUAUUCAAAUGAAUAAUUUGAAUAAUAAAUCAGAUUGUAACCUACCCAAAUCUUCUGAUCCCUAAUAAAGUGUUUUUCAUUAUACCAAAUGCCAGCUGGUGAAAGUAAACACAAUCAGGUAUCCAGGAAAGGUAAUGAAGGAUUCAGAGAAUACGAGACCAACUUGAGCUAUAACACAAGGAGGGUAGGAUUCAUGUAGAAGUGUUGUUGGAAGUAGUGCUGACAUAGUGUCUUGUACUUAAAUGGUUUUGUGGAUUGGUGAUAGAUUUUUUUUUUCCUGGUAAGUAAACUGUCACCCUGGAUAUUCAUCUUUCUGUAUAACUGGUUGAGAAACAGAGAAAUAACAGUAAAGAAACUGUUGUAGAGUACAUCUGGUGACAGCAGAAGAGAAUAUGAGACACAUUGUGCUCACAGAGCCUAGAAAGGUGUGACAGUAGUUGAGGACCAUGCUGUUGUCUUAGAGUGAAGUGAGGACAUUGGUUUGGUAGUCGUGGGAAUGGAAGAAGGAAUGAAAUGUAAAAGCUCAUUGGAAGCAAAAUCAAAAUGGCUUGGUCUUCAUAGUCAACUGUCAAGUGAGGAGGAGGAAUUACUGGCUGACUUGGGAAGAAGUAAAAAAUGUGAAAUACUCAUAAAACGCAAUUCCAGCCAUCUCAGUCAGGGUAAAGCUGAAGCACUGUGUGAUUCUAGAUAGAUUAUUGAUCAGUUUUGUUCCAUGUAUUUUAUAUCCCAUAUCUUCUAGCUGUGAUCCUAUUUUUUGACAUAGCCAAAGAUUUUUUUAAACUAACAGCCUUAUUAAGAUACAGUUUAUAUAUGAUAAAGCUCACCCUUUGAAGUGUACAAUUCGGUGGUUUUUAGUAUAUUCGCAGAGUUGUGCAGCCAUUACCACUACCUAAUUUCAGAACAUUUUCAUCACUUUUUCAGAAAGAAACCCUGUACCCAUUAGCAGUCAUUUCCUAUACCCCUUUCCCCCACCAUUGAUCCUCGCAACCUCUCAUCUAAUUUCUUUCUCUGUAGAUUUGCCUAUACCAGACAUUUCAUAUGAAUAGAAUGAUACAAAAUGUGGCUUUUUGUGACUGGUGUUUUUUACAGUGAUUUAAAAUCAAAUUCCUGAAGAGGCUAAGCUUAGGAUAGUGUUUGCUGUACAACUUUGGCACCUGAACUUGUUUAAAGUUGAAAAUAUUAUAUUACUGUGUCCAUAUAUGUGGCAUAUUAUCCUUAGAUGACCCUUACUUAGAUUAUUAAUAUUUUUUACCUAGUAUACUUGGGAACUGUCUCAGUAUUCAGCAGGAACUCUUUGGAGGCAAAGAGCAGUAAGAAUUUGAAACACAUAACUGACAGAAGUAGAAUUGACAACUUUUAGGUAGAAAUGCUGCCGAUAGUGUAUAUUAAGGAAACAUUUACUCAUCUUUUUGUGUAGGUACUAGAACUACUUCUGUCUUGUGUUUAGACUUCAACAGUAUUUGUGUAGGUAUUAUGUACUUGUACAAAUGCACUUUCUUUUGUCCUGAAAACUCAAAAACUUUCUUCCCAUCUCCUGAGACUCUCUCUGCACUCCCAAAGGAAGAGUGGGGUACCUUUAAGGAAAGGUGGUGAUGGUUUGAUAAUGGGUAGCAAUGUCUACUGUAUACUUCCUUUUCCCAAAACAAGUUCCUGUCUGCCAUCAGCAUUUCCAAAAUUUGAAGAUCAUCUGUGGUGUUAACUCAUUAACCAAUUAUUAGACUUUGAGCAAUUGUGGAACCAAAAUCUGAAUAAGUACCUGGAUCUUCUAAUUAUGUUAAAUCAGUGAAUACACAUUAUGCACAAUACUCUUUUAGCCCAGUAGGGGAUUUAAAGAGUGGUAGAUAGAUUUCUGUUUCAGAAAUAGAAUACACAAAGAAAAAAAAUUUUUAAAUCCCAUCUUUCUUCAUCUCAUUUUAAAUUUUUGGAGAGUUUUUCUUUCCUUUCCAUCAAUCUUUCUCUUUGAAAGGUUUCAGGGUUUGGGCAAAGCAAAUGGAAAAGACACUUGCUUGGAUUCUUCAGGGUUGGGGAGUCAAAGAGGGCUUCUUUCCCUCAUUUUAUUAUUAAAUGAUGUCACUAUAACAAUUAUUAAUGUGAAUGGUCUACAGCAGAAGUUUUUAGAUGCAUUCUCUGCAAAUAAAUUUGACACAAGGAUAUCUUUGGUUAUCUGGAGUGGGAGAUGUGCAGGCUAGAGUGGUCUUGGCAAGUUGUAUGUAGGGUGGGAAGAUGGCAUUUGGACGAGUAGAAAGCAGAAGGACUCUCAGGCAAGGAAGAGGCGUGGGCAGAGCCCCGGAGGACAGAACAGUUUGUGGUGGACUUGGUGUCCACAUAGACCUAAUCAGUGAUCUUAGCUUUUGUGUUUUCAAAAUUGCCACAGUUU